GAUAAGAAGAGAAUAAAGCUAGAGGUGCUCUUUCUUCACUGAAAUAGCUCCACUAAUUGAAUCAAACAUUUUGUGAUCAUGGAUUGUGUCUUGUUUAAUCACUCAUCAGUUCCAAGAAUCUUCAUGAUCAAUUCAAAUGCUCAUCAUCUAUCUUGUGGGAAUUCUCAUAAUAUAGUUGGAGUUGGACACCAUAGAAAAAGAACAUCUCCUAAUUUGAAUACUUCCACAACAUGUUGUGCUGCUGAGAUUCCAUUUCAGAAUGGGUCUUUAUUUGAAACAUUAAGUGUUGAAAUAACCCCUGAAACUAUUGAUUUCUUUGUGAGUGAAACAGAGGGUGACCCUGAUUGUCCCACAAAAGGUUAUUCUUCAAUUGGAGACGCACUUAAUGCAUUGUCUAAAGGAAAGUUUGUCAUUGUUGUAGAUGAUGAAAGUGGGGAAGUGGAAGGAAACCUUGUCAUGGCAGCAUCCUUUGCUAGUUCUGAGGCAAUUGCAUUUAUGGUGAAACUUGGUUCAGGCAUUAUUUCAGUGGGCAUGAAAGAAGAGGAUCUUGAGAGGCUUAAUCUUCCUUUGAUGUCACCUGAAAAAGAAGAUGACUCUUCUGCUCCAUCCUUCACAAUCACAGUGGAUGCAAAGAAGGGCACAUCUACUGGUGUAUCAGCUUCGGAUAGAGCUAAAACUGUCCUAGCAUUGUCAUCACCUACUUCUACUCCGGAAGAUUUCAUAAGGCCAGGACAUGUUUUCCCUCUCAAGUAUCGGAAUGGUGGAGUCUUAAGAAGAUUUGGUCAUACUGAAGCUUCCGUUGAUUUAGUAACGUCUGCUGGCUUGAAACCAGUUUCUGUUCUUUCAACGAUAGUUGAUAAAAAUGAUGGUUCUAUAGCCUCUAUGCUCAUUUUAAAAAAUUUGGCCUUGGAGCACAAGAUUCCGAUUGUAUCAAUAACUGAUUUAGUAAGAUAUAGGAGAAAGAGGGAGAAGCUUGUCGAAAGAACAGCAGUAUCACGUUUACCAACAAAAUGGGGAUUAUUCGAGGCUUACUGCUACCGUUCAAAGCUUGAUGGUACAGAGCAUAUAGCUGUGGUAAAGGGUGAUAUUGGGAAUGGUCAAGAUGUGUUGGUAAGGGUACAUUCGGAGUGUUUGACCGGGGAUAUUUUUGGAUCAAGACGAUGUGAUUGUGGUAAUCAGCUGGAUUUGGCAAUGCAGCUGAUUGAGGAAGCUGGUAGGGGUUUGGUUAUCUAUCUCAGAGGACACGAAGGACGAGGCAUUGGCUUAGGUCACAAGCUUCAGGCCUAUAAUUUGCAAGAUGAGGGUCAUGAUACUGUUGAAGCCAAUCUAGAGCUUGGUUUUUCUGCAGAUGCUCGUGAAUAUGGCAUUGGCGCGCAGAUGUUAAGGGAUAUAGGAGUUCGUACCAUGCGCCUAAUGACUAACAAUCCAGCCAAAUUUACUGGUUUAAAGGGAUAUGGUUUAGCAGUCGUUGGACGGGUACCAGUUUUGACACCCUUCACAGAGGAAAACAGGAAGUAUUUGGAAACCAAAAGAACAAAGAUGGGUCACAUAUAUGGAUCUGAUGUUCAAGGACCCAUUAAGGCGUCCAUCAAACGGAAUUCAGAGAAACAAGAUCCAUCCCAGGAAAGAAAAGAAAGUUAAGUACAGAUUACUUUCAAGGAGGGAGAGACUAUCAUCUGUUUCAUACUAAAUUCACUUUUUUUUUUCUUGUAGAAUAAUUCUUUGAGAUAUAUUCUAAUUACAGAAAAGAAAAUACACUAAACCACCAAUGAUACAUAA